AUGGACAGAUUAGGCCUUUAUGUUUUAGCGCUGUUAUGUCUAAUCCAUGGACCCUACAUCGUGCAAGGUCAGUGCACCAGUGGUCAGUUCCAGUGUAGUAAUGGUCAGUGCAUAAAUCAAGACUGGAGGUGUGAUGGAACAAAGGAUUGCACAGAUGACUCUGAUGAGCAGAACUGCCCUUUACCAACCUGUAGCUCUCAGCAGUUCAAGUGCUUGACAGGAGAGGAGUGUAUCCCUUUAGCGUUUGUUUGUGAUGGUGAAUCAGACUGCACCGAUGGUUCUGAUGAGCAAAGAGUCUGUGGUGGGCAGACAUGUAGCUCAGACCACUUCACCUGUCGAGAAGGGCAGUGCAUUCCCAAACAAUACAGAUGUGACCAUGUAUCAGACUGUGUGGAUAACUCUGAUGAGAACAACUGCAAUUACCCAGCCUGCACAGAGAAGACAUGUGCUAACGAUGCUUGCUACAACAAUACUCAGCACUGCGACGGGAUACUAGACUGUCGAGAUGGAUCAGAUGAAUCCAACUGCACAAGGCAUUGUCAGUCACAUCAGUUUGAAUGUACCAGUGGAUACUGCAUCCCAAUGCCCUUUGUCUGUGAUCACUGGGAUGACUGUGGAGACAACAGUGAUGAGCAAAACUGUGAGUAUAGAACCUGUAGUGGGUCAGAGUUCACCUGCAGUAAUGGACGCUGUAUGCCUCAGCAGUGGGUGUGUGAUGGCAUCAAUGACUGUGGGGAUUUUAGUGAUGAGAAUGGAUGUGACCCAGGUAUCAGAGACUGUUACCCUGGCAAAUGGCCCUGUCCAGGCUCUUCAAUGUGUGUUCCCAUAAAUAAAGUGUGCGAUGAACAUCCUGACUGCCCUGGUGGAACAGAUGAGAGCAAUAGUACAGCACAUCUGACCUGUGAUUUGCACCAGUGUUCUGCUCUGAGCUGUGAGUACCGCUGUCAUCCUAGCCCGCAGGGUGGAGCAUGCUACUGCCCCGAUGGCUUCACUGUGGCCAAUGACAGUCGCACUUGUGUGGACUAUGAUGACUGUAAAAUUUGGGGUAUCUGUGAUCAUUUCUGUGAAGAUCGCCCAGGGACCCAUCAUUGCAGCUGUGCAGAUGGAUACUUCCUGGAGCAGGGUCAUGUCUGCAAGGCCAAUAUUUCAGGGGGUUUACCACAGCUGAUCUUCACAGAUGGCCGUGAUAUCAAGAUGGCAGAUAUUCAUGGGCGGUUUGUUAGGCUUCUGGUCCAAUCAGAUGGUAAAGGUUAUGCUGUGGGUGUCGGUUACAACUGGCACACUCAAAGGAUAUUCUGGACAGACACCAAUUCUCAAAAGGUUUACUCCAUAAAUUUUGAUGGUAGUGAAAAGAAGGAGGUGCUGUCUGAAGCAGUGCACAAUGCCCAGAAUCUGGCUGUGGACUGGAUCAACAUUAAGUUGUACCUUGUUGAGGAACGUGUGGAGAGAAUUGAAGCAUGUGAUUAUGAUGGAGGAAACCGUGUCACGCUGAUUGCAGAAAACUUGGUCACCCCUCACGGGCUUGCACUGGACCCAACAGUGGGAUACAUGUUCUUCACAGAUUCUGGCUAUGACACAGAUGAUGUUAAACUGGAACGGGCAUUCAUGGAUGGCAGUAACCGGUUUGAGCUGGUUAAGACCAGACUGGGUUCCCCUACUGGAAUCACCUUGGAUUUGAUCACCAAGAGGGUUUACUGGACAGAUAGCCAUUUUAACCUGGUUGAGACUGUUACAUAUAGUGGCUUGGACAGGAAAACAGUGUUGAAUGGUGGUCAUCAGGUCCCCCACCCAUUCGGGAUUUCAGUAUUCGAGAACCAUGCAUUUUUCACAGACUGGGUCAAGAUGGGUGUGAUUCGGACCAACCGCUUUAAUGGCAGUGACCCAACUUUUCUGUACCGGUCUACUAGCAGACCUGGACAAAUUGUGGUUUCACAUCCAGCUCUUCAGCCCUUUGUGAAAAACCCAUGUGGCAGACACAAUGGUGGGUGUCAGCAAAUCUGCCUUCUGAGUCACCGAACUGACAAUGACGGGCUGGGUUACCGCUGCAAGUGUCGUCUAGGAUACGACCUACAGGAUGAUCACCACACAUGCUUUAAGAUUAGAGACUAUUUACUGGUGGCAAGUGCACAAGCAGUCAGGGGGAUUCCUCUUAACGUUUCGUCCCAGGAAGAUGUCACCCUGCCACUCGCUGGCAUGGCCCAAUCCUUCUCUGGUUCUGGAGUGGAGUACGAUGCAUCAGUGGAGACUGUGUUUUACAAUGACCGAAUGCGACAACUCAUUUACAAAUCAUCCAUCAAUGGAACCAAAAACGAGAUCCUGACAGGUUACAGAGUGGGCUCUGUGGAGUCAAUGGCAUAUGAUUGGACCUCUCAGAUCCUCUUCUGGACAUCCAGCACUUAUCGCACCGUUUCCGGUUUUAAAGUAACAGAUGGAUCAAGAAGGGACAUUGUUCAGAACUUAAAAUACCCCCGGGGUAUUGCUGUGCACCCAAGUGCAGGAUACCUCUUCUGGUCUGAUUGGUACCGUCCAGCUGUGAUCACCAGAGCAUACACGGAUGGAAGCAAUGCUGUUCCACUAAUCAACUCAACACUCGGCUGGCCUAACGGACUUGCCUUGGACUACCUGAUGGAUAGGCUAUAUUGGGUUGAUGCGCAGCUAGACCGGAUUGAGCAUGUGAGCAUUGAUGGGCUAGAUAGAAAAGCCUUCUCCAGUAUUGGACAAAUCACUCAUCCUUUCUCGCUUACAGUACACACAGAUCAUCUGUUUGUGUCAGACUGGAGGACAAAUUCUGUAUUCCGAAUGAGGAAGAGGGAUGGUGGGGAAAAUAUAAUCCUACGAAAGGGCAUCUCAGGCAUAAUGAACGUUAAGACUUACUCAGCUGAUCUCCAGAACUUGUUCAAAAGCAAAUGCAAUCUGAUUCAAAACGGCCGCUGCAGCCACUUCUGUUUCCCUACGCCUGCAUCCAACCGUGUGUGCGGAUGUCCCUAUGGAAUGAAACUGCAGGAGAACCAGAGGGACUGUGUAAAGGAUGAUACUGAGCCCCCACCAGAUGAUAACUGUGGAGAUUAUUCCUUUCCCUGCGAUGGGGGCCGCUGUGUGGCGAAUUCUUUUCGCUGUGACGGUGUGAAUGACUGUGCCGACAAGACAGAUGAAGCCAACUGCACAGAUCCAGGAACAACCUGCUCUCCAUAUGCCUUCACCUGUGGGAACAAGCACUGCAUCCCUGUUAGUUGGCGCUGUGAUGGACAUGAUGACUGUGGUGAUGGAACCGAUGAGAAUAACUGCCCCACACGUGUUCCAACCACCUGCUUGUCCAGCCAAUUCGCAUGCGCUAAUGGAAACUGCAUCCCAAAAGCAUGGGUGUGCGAUGCCUUCAAUGAUUGUGGCGAUGGUUCUGAUGAGAGACAGUGCAAUUCCACUAUCACCACCUGCCAGCCUGGCUUCUUCCUGUGUCCAGGUCACCGUUGUAUAUAUAACUCAUAUGUCUGUGAUGGAGACCAGGACUGUUUAGAUGGAUCUGAUGAAAAGGACUGUGAUUACUCCUGUGCAAUAUAUGAGUUUGCAUGUGCCAGUGGAGAUCAGUGUGUGAGUCUGAGUUACCGCUGUGAUGGGGUUUAUGACUGCAGGGACCACUCAGAUGAGAGUGGCUGUCCCACACGUGGGCCAGGUCUGUGCCAUGACAAUGAGUUCCAGUGCCAGGUUGAUGGAUUCUGCAUUCCAAAAGCAUGGGAAUGUGAUGGCCAUCCAGACUGUGAGGAUGGCUCUGAUGAGCACAAUGGCUGCCCACCUCGAACCUGCAGUUCUUACCAGUUCCAGUGUGCUAAUGGAAACUGUGUGCCUCAGAGCUGGGUUUGUGAUGGGGAUAAUGAUUGCAGGGAUAUGAGUGAUGAAACCAACUGUCCCACUCCACCAUUCAGCUGCCCAUCAGGUCACUGGUUGUGUCCCACAGACCAGGUGUGCAUCACAGAGGCUCAGGUGUGUGAUGGCCAGAGAGACUGCCCCAAUGGAGCUGACGAGUCACCCCUCUGCAAUGAAGAUGACUGUGAGGUAAAUAAUGGAGGCUGCAGUCAUGGUUGUAUUCAGGGACCAUUUGGAGCUCAGUGUACCUGUGAACCAGGAUUUAAUCUGCUAAAUGACUCAAAAACUUGCGACGACAUAAACGAGUGUUUGAUCCCUGGAUUCUGCAGUCAAACUUGCUACAAUGAGCGUGGCUCCUUCCGAUGCUACUGCCAAGAUGGUUACCAGCUGGAGCCUGAUGGAUGUACAUGCAGAGUCACAUCUCCAGUUGAUGCUUUACUUCUGGUGGCCAGACGCAGCCAGAUCAGCGCUAACCGCAUCUACUUCAGGCCACCCCUUAUUGUUCCUGUUGUCAGUGGCACAAGCAUUGUCGCUGUAGACUUUGAUAAUGUCAAUAAACGAGUGUACUGGGGUGAUUCAUCUGAGAAAAUGAUCUAUAGUUCUUUCCAGAAUGGCACAGACAAAAAACAGGUGUUCUCUUCAGGCCUGAUGGUACCUGAAAGCAUAGCAGUGGAUUGGGUGGGUAGAAACAUUUACUGGACCGACUACAUCAUGGAAAACAUUGAAGUAUCUACUCUGGACGGCCGUUUCCGGAAGGUUUUGAUUACCAAGAAUGUUACCAGCCCUCGCGGACUGGCUCUAGACCCCCGCGACUACACCAAUGUAAUGUUUUGGUCAGACUGGGGUCAGAACCCAAGAAUAGAACAGGCUAGUAUGGAUGGAUCUGCAAGAAGAGCAAUUGUGACUAACAAGGUAUACUGGCCCAACGGACUUACACUGGAUUACACAACUAGAAGACUAUACUUUGUUGACGCCUACCUGAAAUAUAUUGACUACUGUGACUACGAUGGCAAAAACAGGCAUCAAGUCUUUGCAAGUGACAUGGUUCUUCAGCAACCCCAUGGCAUAACCAUCUUCGAAGACAACAUAUACUGGAGUGACCGCUACACAAGCCAAAUCAUGAAGACUAACAAAUUUCAUGGAGGAAACAUCACCACCCUUCUGACCAGUGUGUACCAGUGCAUGGGUAUCACCAUGGAUCACCCUGUCAAGCAGCUUUUAGGACUUAACCCAUGUGAGAACCAUACAUGCAGUCAGCUGUGUCUGCUAUCAACCUUAAGACCACGAUACUACAGGUGUGACUGCCAGUCUGGCUGGACCCUUGCCAGCGAUGGUCGUACUUGUACUAAAGAUGAUACACCAUUCUUGAUGGUCGUCAGAGAUACUGUAAUUAUGGGAAUUCCUCUCAACCCCAAUGACACAUCCAACAAUGCCAUGGCACCAAUUUCUGGCAUCACACAAGGCCGAGAUAUUGAUUUUGAUGAUCAAGAGCAGUUUGUCUACUGGGUGCAAGGCACUGGCUCAAUUUAUAGAAGUAAGACAGAUGGGGCCAAUCGAACUCAGUUUGCACCAGCUGCUGUCAUUGGUUUUCCCUCAGGUCUUGCUUUUGAUUGGAUAACACGAAUCAUGUACUACACUAAUCCCACUGUUAAGGCCAUUGAGGUCAUUAGGGUUGAUGGAUCUCAACAUUACAGGAAGACAAUCAUCACAAACACAGGGAAACCAGAGGGAGCUGGAGAGCCAAUAGGAAUAGCUCUUGAUCCAGCCAGAGGGACACUAUUCUGGACCGAUAGAGGUUCAGAUAGUGGAGUUCCACCAAAGGUGGCAAGUGCAGACAUGGAUGGUGGAAACAUCAGAAACCUCUACACUGGCAACCUGGGCAGUGUUGAGUUUAUUGCUGCAGACAUAGAGGCCAGGAAAAUCUACUGGGGUGUUCCUCAAUCUGGGAUGAUUGAAUGUGGAACGAUGGAUGGUGUGAGCAGGGUGACCAUCGUGAGUGGCCUGUCUCACCCCUGGGGCAUCACUGUGUACCAAAACUACCUUUACUACACUGAUCUUGACUAUGAGGUUAUUGAAAGAGUGGACAAGAACACAGGUGCAGACAUGGUGGUGAUGAGGAGUAGCAUGGCAGGGGUGCGGGCACUGAAAAUGCAUACCAGAGACAACUCUGCUGGCACUACCAAUGCUUGCAGUAUGGACAAUGGAGGCUGUCCCCACCUGUGUCUGCCAAAACCUGAUGGACAAAAGACAUGUGCCUGCACCACAGGUUUUAUCCCAUCUCAGGAUGGGUCUCACUGUGAACAGUAUGACUCUUAUGCAAUAGUGUCAUCUUUCAAAUUUAUUAGAGGAUUCCACAUUAACAGCUCUGACCACUCUGAGGCCAUGGUUCCUGUAGGAGCAAAUACUUACUCAGUUCUCAGCAAGCUGGACAUGCACAUUGCCUCUGGAUUCCUGUACUGGACUGAUAACAGCACCUACUCAUCCUACAGAGGCAUUUACAGGACAAAGACAGAUGGCUCACGCUAUUCUACUGUCAUCAGUCAGUUAGGCACUGGAAGGAUUCAGGGCUUGGCAGUAGAUUGGAUCGCAGGAAACUUGUACUUCACUAACGCAUAUACCUCUCAAACAUACCUUGAGGUGUUACGUCUGAACACAAGCAUUCAACUUAUCCUGCUGAAGAGUUCAGUGGAUCGUCCCCUAGAUGUUGCCGUCAGCCCUAAAUUGCGUCUCCUCUUCUGGACUGAUGCUGGCCAGACACCCAAGAUUGAGAGCGCUCUUUUGGAUGGGACCAAUCGGACAGUUCUUGCCUCUGAGAGCCUGUCAUCCCCCCGAGGGUUAACAGUUGAUUACACCAAUGACCUCUUGUACUGGGUUGAUGACACACUGGAUAUGAUUUCCCGGAUGGCGUCCGAUGGUUCACAGAGACAGAUUGUACGCUACGGUAGUCGAUACCCCGCGCCAUACAGUGUCGCUAUCUUUGGCGAGUACAUGCUGUGGGUGGAUCGCAAACUGGGCAAACUGUUCCAAGCCAGCAAGAGUCCUGGGAAUACAGACAUGCCAGAGGUGAUCCGAGACGGUAUAGAGGAUCUGACAGACAUUGGAGUGUUUGACUCCCAUGUUCAGCCCACUUCUGCCAACCUGGUCGGUUUUAACCCAUGCCAAGAGGACAAUGGGCGCUGUCACCAGUUUUGUUUUGCAAUGCCUGAGCAGCAACAGCCAAAAUGUGCCUGUGCCCAUGGUUCUCUGCUCAGCAAUGGAGUCUCAUGUGGCUUUGGCCUGGAUGAGUUCCUGAUCUUCACCACUGAUUACACCAUGAACAGCAUGAGGCUAGACCCAGAAGACCACAGCACUCCAUUUCCCACCUUUACCCUGGGCUAUGGCGUUUUAGCCACAGAGUUUGACUUCAAGGACAAGAGAGUGUUUUUUACCCAGUAUGUGGGUUUGGGCAGGAGUAAAAUAGGAUACAUUCUAACCACCAGCAGCACUAGCCCACCGAUCACCAUAGCCAGCGAUCUGGAUGAUCCUGAAGGUCUGGCCUAUGACUGGAUCCACAAGCGUCUUUAUUUCACAGAUUAUUACAAUAGAAGUGUGCAGUCUAUGGCAAUAGAUGGCCAAAACCGUUCCUUCAUUGCACAUGGUGACCGCCCCAGAGCCAUUGUGGUGGAUCCCUGCUAUGGAUACCUGUACUGGACUGACUGGGGAUCCCCUGCUAAAAUUGAACGAGCCACUUUUGGUGGAAACUUCCGGAUCCCUAUUGUAAACACAAGCCUCUCUCAGCCUAACGCUCUAUCUUUGGAUUAUGAUGAACGACUGCUGUAUUGGGCUGAUGCAACACUGGAUAAGAUUGAGCGUGCCUCUUUGACUGGAGAGAACAGGGAGAUCAUUCUUAGUCAGACACAGUACCCAUUUUCUGUGACAGUGUUCCAGCAGGAUAUCUACUGGACUGACUGGAACACACGGAUUGUGUACCGCGCCAACAAGGGCGACGGUUCUGGUCUGACUAUUAUGGCCACCGACCUUCAAUACAGACCUAAUGACAUUAACGUCUUCUCUGCCAGCAGGCAGGAGAGCUGCUCGAGUCCCUGCCAGCUGUUCAAUGGAGGCUGCAGCCAUGUUUGUGUCCCGGGUCCAAUUGGCCCAGAGUGUCAGUGUCCCAGCACUGGUAACUGGUAUCUGGCCAACAAUGGGAAAGACUGCAUCCCUGACAAUGGGCAGCGGUGCCAUGCAGAUCAAUUCACCUGUCUGGAUGGAAGCUGUUUGGCCCAGCACUGGAAAUGUGAUGGCUACAGGGACUGCAUAGAUGGCUCAGAUGAGCUCGAGAGAGUGUGUGCUUUCCACACAUGCUCACCUACGGAAUUCACCUGUGAUAAUGGAGGUUGUGUGCCUCUGUACUAUGUGUGUGACUACACAAACGACUGUGGAGAUAACAGCGAUGAGCAUGGCUGUCCCUUCCCAACCUGUAACCCGACCAUAGAGUUCACCUGUGCUAAUGGACGCUGCAUCAGUGCAGCUUUUGUGUGUGAUGGAAUCAAUGACUGCCGAGACAAUGGCACCACGGAUGAAGUUAACUGUCCGGACAGAACCUGUGCACCAGGCUUAGUAAAAUGUGACACCACCAACAUCUGCAUUUCUUCAAGUAACCUGUGUGAUGGCUUUAACAACUGUGGGGACAACAGUGAUGAAAAUCCACUCUUCUGUGCUGGCCGGACUUGCUCGGCAGAUGAGUUCCGCUGUGAUAAUGGGAAGUGUAUUCCUCAGUCAUGGGUGUGUGAUCGCAACGCAGAUUGUUUGGACAGCACAGAUGAGCCACCCACCUGUGAGGAUCAGGUUCGUACUUGUUACCCUCAGCAGUUUAGCUGUGCGAAUGGACACUGCAUUUUGGCAGCGUGGGUAUGUGAUGGCAGCAACGACUGUGGAGACAACAGUGAUGAGGCCCAGGAACUGCAGUGCGGAUCAAGGACUUGUAACCCCAGCGAUUUCACAUGCCCCACUUGGUACCCAGGCUCUUCACGCUGUAUUCCAUGGAGUUAUGUGUGUGAUGGUGAGAAGGACUGCACAGAUGCCGCAGAUGAGCUGCACAACUGCCCCAACCGUACCUGCCACAUGAAUGAGUUUGCUUGUGCCAAUGGCCGGUGCAUUCUGGUGCCCUUCCACUGUGACCGUUUGAAUGACUGUGGGGAUGGCAGUGAUGAGAUUGGCUGCAUCUAUCGCACCUGCUCCAGUCAAGAGUUCACCUGCCAGAAUGGAGUGUGUAUUCCAUCAGUGUAUGUAUGUGAUGGUUAUAUAGACUGUCAGGAUGGCACUGAUGAACUCGAGGGCUUGUGCAGGAGUCCAGAACCCGCCUGUGCACCUGGAGAAUUCAUGUGCAAUUCUGGGGAGUGCAUUGACAUCCACAAGGUCUGCAACCAUCAAAGGGACUGCUCUGACAACAGUGAUGAGAAGGGCUGUGGCAUAAAUGAGUGCAGUAAUCCAGCCAUCCACCAGUGUGCUCAGAACUGCGUAGACACCCAGACGGGUUACUACUGCUCCUGCAGGGAUGGCUACAAACUCAUGCCAGACGACAAGGCCUGUGAGGAUAUAGACGAAUGCAAAGAGGAACAGGGAGUGUGCAGUCAGGUGUGCGAGAAUGCUGUGGGUUCCUUCUGUUGCAAAUGUGCACCGGGAUACCUACGAGAGCCUGAUGGACGCAGCUGCAGGCAGAACAGUGGGAUUGCACCAUACCUCCUCUACAGCAACCGUUACUACAUCCGUAACCUGACCGCUGAUGGAUCAUCCUCAUCGGUGGUGCUGCAAGCCCUAUCGAACGUUGUUGCUCUGGACUUUGAUAAUACUGAGAAGCGUUUAUACUGGAUAGAUAUUGGCACACAGCGCAUUGAGAGGAUGUAUUUAGAUGGGACAGGACGGGAGGUCAUAUUGAAGAGUGACCUGGACGGGGCAGAAGGCCUGGCUGUGGACUGGGUGGGCCGAAAGCUAUACUGGGCAGAUGUGACUAUGGAAGCCAUUCAUGUCUCUGAGCUUGAUGGACGUUAUCGGAAAAAACUUCUGAAAGGUUGUGUUGACGCCAACUCUACAUACUGCUUCACCAAUCCGCGGGCUGUUGCUGUUAACCCUAAAUAUGGAUGGCUAUACUGGACAGACUGGGGGCGGACGGCUUUCAUCGGCAGGGCUGGAAUGGAUGGAACCAGCUCAUCAGCUAUCAUCACUACCAAGCUAGUGUGGCCUCAUGCCCUGACCAUCGACUUCACCAACAACAAGAUCUUUUUUGCUGAUGCUCACCUCAAUUUCCUUGAUUAUGCUGAUAUGAAUGGACAAAACAGACAUAGGGCUAUAACAGGCUCCAUGCCCCAUGCUUUCGCUCUGACCCUGUUUGAGGAUUUGGUGUACUGGACCGACUGGAACACCCACACCAUAGAGAGAGCCAACAAAUACACUGGUGCUAACCGUAUUGUAAUGGGAAACAACACACACCGCCCUAAUGACAUCCACAUUUACCACCCUUACAGACAGCCACGCAGUGACAAUCCCUGCAAUGACCAUUACCUGACCUGUAGUCACCUGUGUCUGAUUGGCCCGGGUGGGACAACAGCCAGAUGUGAGUGUCCAGAUCACUUCAUUGGUCUGGCAAUUGGCUUUAAGAUACAGUGUGUGGCCGACUGCUCCAGCACUCAGUUCCGCUGUGGAGAUAAUGAGAAGUGCAUUCCCAUAUGGUGGAAGUGUGAUGGUCAGUCAGACUGUGGGGACGGCUCCGAUGAGCCUCAGACAUGUUCUCCACGUUACUGCCCAAUAGGACGCUUCCAGUGCCAGGAUGGGAACUGCACCUACCCAUUUUUCCUGUGUGAUGGCCAUAAUGAUUGUCCAGAUGGAUCUGAUGAAGAUGCUGCACUCUGCAGUGACCAUCGUUGCUCUGAGAACCAAUUCCAGUGUAAAAAUAAGCACUGUAUCCCAAUAUCUUGGCACUGCAAUGGCGUGCAGGAUUGUGCAGAUGGCAGCGAUGAGGAAGCUGACAGCUGUGCUGAGAAAACCUGCAAACCUGGACAGUUUCAAUGCAAAAACGGACUCUGCAUACCACCAAGCUAUGUGUGUGAUGCGCAGAAUGACUGCGGAGACCAAUCAGAUGAGCCAUAUGAUGAGUGCAUGGGUCCUGAUCAUAAGUGUGAUGCAGACACUGAGUUUUCCUGCUAUACAAACUAUCGUUGUAUACCUCUGUGGGCUGUGUGUGAUGGCACCAAUGACUGUCUAGACAACAGUGAUGAGCAGAGCUGCCAUGAGUUGACCUGUGAUCCUCUGGGAGAUUUCCGCUGUGAUAAUCACCGAUGUGUACCCAUUCGCUGGCGCUGUGAUGGGAACAAUGACUGUGGAGAUGGAUCAGAUGAGAGAAACUGUGAACCAAGACCUUGCUCUGAGAGUGAGUAUCGCUGUGACAACCAGCAGUGUAUUCAAGGAUCUUGGGUUUGUGACCAUGACAAUGAUUGUGGGGACAAUUCUGAUGAGCGAGACUGUGAGCUGCGGACCUGUCGUCCUGGAACAUUCCAGUGUACAUCUGGACACUGCAUCCCAGAAGUUCUUAAAUGUGAUGGUUUUGCUGACUGCCUGGACUACUCUGAUGAGUCCACCUGCCCAACUCGCUAUCCUGGAGGACGCUGGUGUCCAUCAAACCAGUUCCAGUGUAACAACAAGCUGUGUGUGAACCAGCAGUGGGUAUGUGAUGGCUUCAACGACUGUGGAGACCGCUCAGAUGAGCAACUCAGCCUCUGUUGGAACAUUACAUGUGAAAUGCCAGCCAAAUUCCGCUGUGACAAUGGCCACUGCAUUUAUAGUGGUCUCAUGUGUAACCAAAAAGAUGACUGUGGGGAUGGCAGUGACGAAAAGGAGGACAACUGUCAGGAACCCACUCUCGCCCCCUGUACACCCAAUGAGUUUAAAUGCACUAAUGGCCGCUGUGUGGCACUGUCUUAUGUUUGUGACCACAACGACAACUGUGGAGACCUAACAGAUGAGCUGGGCUGCAAUUUUGGCCAAGACCGCAACUGUGAUGAGAAAUUAUGUCAGCACGAGUGUACAAACCUGAACGGCACUGGCUUCAUCUGCUCUUGUAAACCCGGCUAUGCUGUGGAUCCAGAUAACACGUUCCGCUGCAAUGACAUAGAUGAGUGUUUCGAGUAUGGCACAUGCCCGCAGGCCUGCAAGAACACCAAAGGAAGCUAUGACUGUGAUUGUGCCCUAGGCUACAGGAAAGUGGGCACAGGCAAUCAGUGUGAGGCUGAAGGGCCUGGACCACUGCUCCUGCUGCCAGAGAACAUUCGCAUCCGACGCUACAACCUCCAGACAGAGGAGUAUCAUGACUUUUUAGAGGAAGAGGAGCGCAUUGUGGCACUGGACUAUGAUUGGGACCACAACAACACUGGACUUAGUAUGGUAUAUUUUACAAUAGAAGGACAUGGUGCAUUGCCUGGUGCUAUUAAAAGAGCUUAUCUGCCAGCUGUGGAUGAUCAUAAUAAUAACAUUGCUGUUGCUGUCAAGCUGGAUAUCAAGUACAUCACCAAGCCUUAUGGGAUUGCAGUGGACUGGGUUGGCAGGAAUUUGUACUGGACUGAUGCACAGCUCAAACGUCUGGAGGUGGCCUUUUUGGAUGGCCGUUACAGGAAACAUCUGAUUAAGACUGACCUGCAAGAACCCAAUUCUGUGGCUGUAAACCCUCAUUUAGGCAUGCUCUACUGGAUAGACAAUGGCUACACGCCACGUAUUGAAUGUUCCUGGUUGGAUGGUCAAGAGAGAAGGGUUCUGGUGGACAGUGCUUUGGGUUGGCCUACAGGCCUGUCCAUCGACUUCACAAACAGCAACCGGAUCUAUUGGUCAGAUGCAAAGGAGAGUCGCAUUGAGUCCAUACUGCCAGAUGGACAGAGCAGACAAAUAUCAGUUUUCAUAGAUGUAAGAAACCCUUUCAGUGUGAAUGUAUUUGAGGACCAUGUGUAUUGGAGCACGCAGGAGAAGGGUGAAGUGUUCAGACAGGACAAGUUUGGGAAAGGCACUAAAACCAGACUCCUAAUAGCAGGACCUUGGCUUACCCAGAUCAAUGUCUAUCAGCAGCAGAAAUACACAUCUAUAGCCUUAAAGAACCCUUGUAAGGGCACAUGCACUCACCUGUGUCUGCUGAGGCCGGGAGGCUACACCUGCGCCUGCCCAGAGGGCACCAGCUUCUUCCCUGGCAGCAGUACUGAAUGUGACACAGGGUUUGAGCCUGAACCCACUAUGCCACCUCCAUGCCAGUGCAGGAACAGUGGAACCUGUUAUUUUGAUGACAAUAAGGCACUCUGCAUUUGCCCCCCUGAAUGGAACGGAGAUUUCUGCGAGACCAGUGUUUAUGGUGUAGUCACAACCUCAGUUGCUAUUGCCCUUGGAGUUACAGCUGUUGUGGCUCUUUUCCUGGUUUGCCUUAUAUAUUCAGCAAAAAAGAAGGAGACAAUUAUGAACACUCUGCAUAGCAUUAAUCUGCCUAUUAGUGUAUCUAACUUCAGUAGGCCCAGCUUCUGGGGUGGUAACUCUGAAUGUUUUAACAUCCCAUCUGAAUCGGCGAAUGACAGCAGCAACAUUCCCAAAGAGGAAUCCAGCACAUCAGUAGAAGUGGAGGGAAAAGGAGGGAGUUUCGAGAACCCAGCAUACAGUGAGGAUGCCCAGGGAUCUUCUGCUGCACCUACUGCUGUAGCCACUGUCAUGAAUGGGCCUGCCAAAGAGAGUGUUGAAAACCCAGUGUAUGCUGCUGAGUUGAGCUUUUUGACCCAGCCAAAUGAUGGUGCAACCCCUGUCAAUGCAGAUGCCACACCAGUCAACACUGAGCCUGACAAGGCUGAUACUUCACAGCUACAGAACGGGGUGGAUAUGCAUGCUAUGUUCGACAAUCCCUUAUAUAUGGAUGCACCACAAUCACACAGCAAGGGAGAAUCUACAAUCUAAAGAGAGUUUGAGAGCAUCUUACAGGAUCGGCUCUCAAUCACUUCAGCAGCUAAGAUGUAUGGCUGGUAAAUUAUGGCUGCAGUAUACCAUCCAUCUACUCGCAUGUGAUUUAGGUUUCUAUUUACUGGGAAUUACUACAAAGUUUUGGACAAUACACAUGCCAUAAUUUGUGAAUAGUUUUGUUGAUUAUUCUUUUUAUGAAAUUUUUAUGGGUAGAAAUUUGCACUAAAAUUACUAUAUAUGAUUAUAUAUGAUAUAUGAUUCAUUUUAAUUGACAUAUUCACUCUUUGAAUGUUUUUGUGUAUUUUUUAGUGUGUGUAUGAUUAACCGCAAUUGGUCUCAUUUGAUAUCAUAAUA